AUGAGCAACGAGGAGUCACCCUUCAGAGGAGCCGGUUUCACUGUAACACAGCGGAGCCUCAAUUUAUCCCUGCUAUCUUCGGACUUGGCGGUGCGCGACUUCAACUUGUCGUCGAUUGUGCUAUCGCUCCAGUACUCUUUCGAUAGAGCUACCUACUCACUAUUUCCUUAUCUACAUCGCGACAUCCCCCCUCCGUACUCACCAUCAGUCUCCUCAACCGAUUCUUUUGAUUUCGUAUACGACAUUCCCGAAAUGCCGAAGCCAGAAAGAGGAACGCCGGAAUAUGCGGCCUAUAAGCAGGCGAAGAAGGACCGCAAGGAGCGCAAGGAGCUGAAGCCUUCGAGUGCAGGCGGAUUGACGGUUGAGCGUCCGGUGUCCCGAGCUGGCUCCGAAUUUUCAUUUAUCAGCAGCAAGGGAGGGUCUGACGACGAGGGCAAUACGAGUCGCGGCGUAGACAAGAAGGGAGAGGAUAGGGGUCUCACGGCGUUCGUCCAAGGAUAUGUCGGGGUUGGGGCUCAGUUCGGAGGUGGUGCUGCCGGGUAUCACACGUCCUAUUCCGAAAACUCGGGAGCGGAAUAUGGGCAUGGGCACUCAACCACAGCUCACUACAGCCCUGUCUCGGAUUUUUCUUCGGAGAGUGGCGCUGGUGGGAAGCCAUACAUGGUGCCGCAGUAUAACUAUCCUUUAGCAUCAUCAGGGCAGGCAAUGAUACCUCCACCACCACCAAGUCAAUAUCCACCCCCAGCUGCACCUUCUCCUUCACCUGGAGUAUAUUCUCCUCAAUCACAAUCAGGCCAACAGUAUGGCGCACAAUUGGCCCCAUUUGGAGCAGGGUACGGAUACCCGCCUCCCUCUCAAGGUUCCGGCUACGUUGCGCCGCUACCUCCACCUUCUCCAGGCCCAUAUACCCAGACAGCAUCAGCUGCUGUCAUACAGCCACCGCCGCCAUUAGAUCCAAAAUACGGGCCUCCAAUUCCAGGAUUCGGAGCUGGUGUCGGGCAGUACCCGCCAGGAGAAACCCCUACGCAAUAUAUUAACCCCGAUUACUACGGGGACAUAACUGCUGCAUCUGCUGCAGCCUCAACUUCCAAUCACCAGCACACCGGGUCCUCGUCGUCGAUAAAUGUUAACUAUACUACGCAGCCUUCAUACUCUCCAAUACCAUCAACAGGUAAGGCUGAUUCGUCCGGAAAUGUCUAUCAGAUUCCACCUCCACCACCACCAUCUUCGCAGUACCAACCUGGGCAUAGCAGCUCCGGAUCAGUGUCUCUUAUUCCACCGCCUCCCCAUCUCUCUGUACUCGGCGGAACAAGCAGUUCUGGGGGAGACUCCUACACAUCCACAUCACUGAGUAGUUUAGCAAUUCCUGGAAUGGCAGGUCUUUCAAUUGGCUCCAGCCCCCUGGGACCUGGAGGUCUUCCUCCACCAUCACCGUCACUGCAACCCUACUUCGGCACAUACCAAUCCAUAUCUCCACUCCCUUCACCAGUUCUUUCACCUUCUGGUGGCUCCUCGUUUUACUCCUCCACAUCCACUGUAACCACAACAACUUCGACCACCGGUGGUGGUUACGGUUCCGAUGGCAGCUUCUCAAUUGGUCCAUCCUCGCACCCAUCUCACGGCAUCCAGGUAACACCUGUAAUUCCCUCGCGGCCUCCUUCACCACCAUAUGAUCCGUCCUCCGACGCCAAAGAGCUUCUCUCCUCGCUCAAGCACUUCCGCCCCUCUGCGGCACCACUAAUUCAGAUCCUACCCACUCUCUCACCAUCCCAAAUUGUCCUGCUCCGCCGCGAAUACAAACGCAUCUUCCGGCAGGUCAACAUCGCAAAACACAUUAAGACUGUCUUCGCUAACACGUCCUUCGGCAAACUUGCCUUCGCCGUCGCACUCGGCCCCUACGAAUCCGAAGCCUGGUUCGCCAACUGCUGGUACCAAAAGCGCGAGACUCGGAACGAACUCCUUAUCGAGGCGCUUAUGGGAAAAACAAAUGAUGAGAUCCGGAAAAUCAAGGAUGGGUUCAAGGAUGCCAAGUACGAGAACUCACUUAUGCAAGCAGUGCGUAACGAGUUGGUUGCCAAUAAGUUCCGAAUUGCAGUGUUGAUCCAGUUGGAGGGCAUGCGCAUGGAGGAGAGCGCCAGAAUCAAUGUAGAUGGCGUGAGGGAUGAUGUGCGACGGCUCGGGGAGGUGCUAGAGCGGAAGGACGGGAGGGGCGGUGGAGAGACAAUGAUGAUUGAGAUCAUUGUAAACCGCAGUGAUGCAUGGAUUCGAGAGGUGGCCGCGCUAUAUCGAAACACGCAUGGGAGAGAUCUUCCGAAAGCAAUCAUGAGGCACUCAAAGAACCUUGUUGGCGAAACAUUACUCCACGUAAUCAACGGAGCAAUUGACAAACCUCUACGAGACGCGAAGUUGAUGGAGCAGGCACUCUCGGCAUUGAUAGAAAGCGGCAGAGAAGAUCUACUCAUCAGUAGAUGCGUCCGUGUGCACUGGGAUCCAUACCAUCUCGAGAGGGUCAAGCAGGCCUACAAGAAGAAGUUCAAAGUGGACCUAGGGAAGCGCAUGCGGGAUGCUGUAGAGGAUGGCAACUUCGAGGACUUUUUGGUCAGGAUGAUCAGGGACUGA